AUGGUUUCCGCUCAAGAAGUUCUCUCCCGCAAGGCCGGUGUCAUCGUCGGCGAGGAUGUCCACAAGCUCUUCCAGCACGCCAAGGACAACGGCUACGCCAUCCCUGCCAUCAACGUGACCUCCUCCUCCACAGUCGUUGCUUCUCUCGAGGCUGCCCGCGACGCCAAGUCGCCCAUCAUCCUCCAGACCUCGCAGGGUGGUGCCGCCUACUUCGCCGGCAAGGGCGUGGACAACAAGAACCAGGAGGCUUCCAUCGCUGGAGCCGUCGCUGCCGCACACUACAUCCGCGCCGUUGCGCCCAUCUACGGCAUUCCCGUCGUGCUCCACACCGACCACUGCGCAAAGAAGCUCCUGCCAUGGUUGGACGGUAUGCUCGAUGCCGAUGAGGCCUACUUCAAGGAGCACAACGAGCCCCUCUUCUCUUCCCACAUGAUCGAUCUGUCCGAGGAGGAGGUGGAGUGGAACAUCCAGACCACCAAGAAGUACCUCCAGCGCGCUGCCCCCAUGAAGCAGUGGCUCGAGAUGGAGAUUGGCAUCACCGGCGGUGAGGAGGACGGUGUCAACAACGAGGAUGUUGACAACAACUCUCUCUACACCCAGCCCGAGGACAUCCUGCACAUCUACAAGGAGCUGUCCGAGGUCUCCCCCUACUUCUCCAUUGCCGCUGGUUUCGGUAACGUCCACGGCGUCUACAAGCCCGGCAACGUCAAGCUCCAGCCCGGUCUGCUCAAGAAGCACCAGGAGCACGUCAAGAAGGAGGUUGGCUCCAAGGAGGACAAGCCCGUCUUCCUUGUCUUCCACGGUGGUUCCGGCUCCAGUGUCGAGGACUUCAGGGAGGCCAUCUCCUACGGUGUUGUCAAGGUCAACCUCGACACUGACAUGCAGUACGCCUACCUCCAGGGUAUCCGUGACUACGUGCAGAACAAGUCCGGCUACCUCCAGAGCCAGGUCGGUAACCCCGACGGCGACGACAAGCCCAACAAGAAGUACUACGACCCCCGUGUCUGGGUCCGUGAGGGUGAGAAGACCAUGUCCAAGCGCAUCGCUGUUGCGCUGGACGACUUCUACGCCGCCGGCAAGGUCUAA